AUGAGUUCCCACGGACUGACCGUAGGAUUCCUUGCGGAAAUAAUGCAGGGUAACGAGCUACCUAAUCCGGUGGUGCAGAUCCUUGGCUCAAAGCGUAUUGCCGGCAGCGGGGAACAAUCCGAACGCUUCCGGUUGCUCAUAUCGGACGGGAAGUCUCUGUACAGCUUCGCCAUGCUUGCCACGCAGCUGAAUGAUCUGCAAAAGCAGGACAAACUGCCGCAGUACACCAUUAUCCGGAUCGAUCGCUACACCACCUCGGUCGUUAAUCGGAACGAGAAGGGUGAAAAGCGGGUGUUGAUCAUCGUGGAGUUGACUGUCCUGAAGGAGGGCAGUUUGGUGGGUGAAAAGAUUGGUGAUCCGCAACCAAUCACGGACACUCCGACCCAGCCGACCAACAGUGGUUCGUCCAUGUCGGCGUCCCGUCCGGCGGAUACAAUCGGCAGCGGCGGUAGCAUUAGUAACGGGUCGACGUAUGGCAGCGCGAACCGUUCGAUGUCCGCGAGCACAGCACCGACCGCCGCGAUCGGAGACUCGCUUACACAUCCCAUUUCGUCGCUAAGCCCGUACCAAAACAAGUGGGUCAUAAAAGCACGCGUAACAUCCAAGUCCGGCAUCCGCACGUGGAGCAAUGCGAAGGGCGAGGGAAAGCUGUUCAGCAUGGACGUGAUGGACGAGUCGGGUGAGAUACGGAUCACCGCGUUCAAGGAACAGUGCGACCGAUACUUUGAGAUGAUCGAAGUCGACAAGGUGUACUUCAUCUCCAAGUGUCAGCUGAAGCCGGCCAACAAGCAGUACUCGAGCUUGAAGAACGACUACGAGAUGACGAUGACGAACGACACGAUCGUGCAGGAGUGCAAGGAUGUGGACAGUACGAUGCCGGAGAUACAGUACAACUUUGUGCCGAUAUCCCAGAUCGGCAACAUGGAAACGAACGCGAUGGUGGACGUGGUCGGCAUAUGCAAAGAGGUGGGCGAUGUGGUACAGUUCACCGCGAAAACAUCCGGCCGGGAGCUGCGAAAGCGCGAGGUAACGCUGGUAGAUGCGAGCAACGCCUCCGUCCAGCUAACGCUGUGGGGUGAUGAUGCGCAAAGUUUUCCCACCAGCACGAACCCGGUCGUAAUGCUGAGGGGGGCUCGGGUGUCGGAAUUCGGCGGUGGCAAAUCGCUCGGACUGAUCGGUGGCAGCGUGAUGAAGCUUAACCCGGACAUGGAGCAGGCGCAUAAGGUGCGCGGAUGGUUCGAAAACGGCGGUCGCGAUAUGUCGGUCAGCAGUGUGUCGGCACGUACGGGCGGUGGUGCGGCUGGUAUGAGCACCGAGUGGCUAUCGUUCCAGGAGGCAAAGGACCGGAACCUUGGUGCCGGCGAUAAGCCCGAUUACUUCCAGGUGAAGGCAAUGAUACACACGAUCAAAUCGGCCAACGCCGUGUACAAGGCAUGCCCGCAGGCGGAAUGCAACAAGAAGGUGAUCGACCAGGAGAAUGGACAGUACCGGUGUGAGAAGUGUAAUGCCGAGUUCCCGAACUUCAAGUACCGUCUGUUGGUGAACAUGCUCAUCGGUGACUGGACGUCGAAUCGGUGGAUAACGGUGUUUACGGAGCUGGCCGAGGAGUUGCUGGGUAAAUCGUCGCAGGAGAUCGGCAGUAGCCUCGAGUACCAGAAGGAGGAAGCGGAAAAGCUGUUCUCGUCGAUCAGCUUCAAAUCGUUCGUAUUCAAGUUGCGCACGAAGGUGGAGUACUUUGGUGAGCAGCCGCGGAACAAAACGACGGCCGUUAGUGCUGCACCGGUAAACCACAAGGAAUACAACGCACUGUUGAUCAAGAGCAUCCAGGAGCUGACCGGCGUGGGAAAGAAUUAA